AUGGGAGCAAUGGGGACGUUGCAACGGAUUCCUACCAUCUCUACAGAGGGGGAUGUGAGAUUGCUCCAGGAAAUGGGCAUGGACGCCUAUAGGUUCUCGAUCUCUUGGCCCAGAAUACUGCCAAAUGGGACGCUCGGAGACAUUAAUGAAAAAGGCAUCGACUACUACAAUAACCUGAUCGACUUGAUGAUAGACAACGGCAUAGAGCCAUAUGUAACACUUUUCCACUGGGACACGCCUCAAGCACUGGUAGAGGACUACGGCGGCUUCUUAGAUAAGAGAAUUAUAAAAGACUACACAGACUUCGCUGGACUGUGCUUUGAACGAUUCGGUGACAGGGUGAACAAUUGGUUGACCUUUAACGAACCGCAUACAUUUUCACCAGGACUAAAAUGUCCCGACCCAAAUGGGAACUCAAUCAAAGAGCCAUACCUUGUUGGCCACAACAUUCUUCUAGCUCAUGCUGAGACUGUUCAUCUUUACAACAGAUUAACUAUCGCUACUGGAAACUCGAAUUGUUGCUACUAUGCCAAUAGUUUAUCUUUAUCUUACUUAUUGUGGAUACUAAAAGGUUUAGGUUCCAGUUACCUUUAUGCCCUUCUUGAUCAUGAAUGGAAAGAGGGAAUGAGCCAGGAAGAGACAGAGAAAUUUGUGGUGAAGGUAGUUUCCCUUGCUAUGGCCCGUGAUGGUGCUAGUGGAGGGUUGUCCGUACAGAUUCUUAUAAAUGCCGAUGGCGUGAAGAGGAACUUUUAUCCUAGACAAGCUACUCCUGUGGCACGAUGA